GAUUCAUCCCCCUGAAUUCUUCAAGAAAAAAUACGCUGUGGAUGAAGUCCACUAUGUGAACAAGAUAUCCAGUGUCUUGGCUUCGAAGAAACCUGCUGUGCUCCUUACUUUGCGCGGUGUCAAUACUGAUAGUGGAAAUGUCUCCAAAGAAGCUUCGUUUGAGGGAAUCAGCCAAUUUAAUGUGAACAACAAAAUCCUUCAUCCUGAAAUUGCAGAAUGUCGUGUGAUUAAGACAGACAUGGAGUUGGAAGUUCUGCGUUACACCAAUAAAAUCUCCAGUGAAGCUCAUAAAGAGGUAAUGAAGGCAGUGAAAGUGGGCAUGAAAGAAUACGAGAUGGAGAGCCUGUUCCAGCACUACUGCUACACUCGAGGUGGCAUGCGCCACACUUCGUACACUUGCAUUUGUGGCAGUGGGGAGAACUCAUCUGUUUUGCACUACGGCCAUGCUGGAGCCCCAAAUGACAAGACUAUUGAAGACGGAGACUUGUGCCUGUUCGAUAUGGGAGGAGAGUAUUACUGCUACGGCUCCGACAUCACCUGCACCUUCCCUGCAAAUGGAAAGUUUACUCCUGACCAGAGGGCUAUCUAUGAAGCAGUGCUGAAGUCAUCGCGGGCUGUAAUGAAAGCAGUCAAGCCAG